AUGGAAGUAGAUGAUAUUAGCUUUUAUAAUGAUGAAGUAAUGACAGGAACAACACUUGUAGCCUUAAAAUGUAGAGACGGCUUGAUACUAGCUGCAGAUUCUCGUACAUCUAUGGGAAAUAUGGUUGUAAGUCGUUCAGCCCGUAAAAUAACGCGAAUAACAGACAAGAUUUUUAUCUGUAGGUCAGGUUCAGCAUCAGAUACGCAGACUAUUGUACAAUAUGUAAGGAAACUUACUGCAGAUCAUGAAUUAGAAUUGGGUGAAGAAGCAAGAGUUAAAUCUGUAGCUUCUUUAGCUCGUAUAAUAUGUUAUCAAAAUAAGGAAUAUUUAACUGCUGGUUUAAUAGUUGCAGGUGUAGAUCCUUAUGAUGGGUUUAAAAUCUUUCAAAUUGCUUUAGGAGGUAGUAUGAUUGAGAAGUCAUAUGCUCUAUCUGGUUCAGGUUCUGCUUAUAUUUAUUCAUUGCUUGAUGCGACAUAUCAUACUAAUAUGGAUAUAGAUGAAUGUAAAGAUUUUGCAAGACGUCUUGUUUCACAUGCAAUAUUUAGAGAUUCAUCCUCUGGUGGUUUAAUUCGUAUGGUUAUAAUUACUAAGGAGGGUUAUCAAGAAUUAGUUAUACCAGGUGAAGAACUUCCAAAUUUGUAA